AGUUAUCGUGUUGCAAUGUAAUCAUCCUCAAUUAUGCCUUGGGCGACGGUAGUUGAUCUCACGGGGUCGGACGACGACGAGGAGCCAAAGCAUGUGUCUUCAACGCUAGGUAGGGCGCAGCAGACCGGCUCUGCAUCAGUGCUUGCGGCCGCUCUGACGCGCGCUGGUAGAGAGACGUUUUCAGGAACGUCGGCGGGUGAGCGCUCUCCCGUGGGUGGGUCCUCGUUACUUGCUCGCACCCCACAGAACCACUGGUCUAGGCAACAAUGUUUGUCUGCAUUUGGAACCGGACUAGUCUCAAGGCUCCACUACCACAAUCCUCUUUUUUACUCGCCGCUGACUCUAUCUGUUGCAUCUCCGUCUACGUUUAAGAUUACCUGUGAGUCUACACUACCGCCAGCGUGUGUAACAAUUGCGCGGUCGACACCUGGUGCGGUACUUAAGGAUAACCAGUGGGAAUUACCAUUGUCGCAGCAUGUAAACUUUUGUGUCGCAAUGCAGAAUGAGCGAAUCGUGUGCGAGCGAAUACCGCAGCGUGUAUUAGCAUCACUUGCGACAGCACAGCUAGAUAUUCCCCGGUCGAUAUGGAAUGCUCUAGCGCCUUUUCAGAAGUAUGGUGUCUCGUGGAUUGUGCGGAAUAAUGGCCGUGCACUCCUCGCUGAUGAGCCGGGUCUCGGAAAGACCAUUCAAGCGAUCGGUGCUGCGUGUGCGUAUUACCAUGAAUGGCCGGUGCUCGUUGUGUCACCCUCGUCAGCAAGAUUUCACUGGGAGGCUGAGUUUCUCCAGUGGUUACCAGAUGAGGAUUACUUACCUCGCGAUGGCAUACUUGUCAUCACAUCAGAACGCAUAGCAGCGACAACGGCCGUCGAUCGUGCGAAAAUACUUGUAACCUCGUAUGAUCUUGUGCAUCGCGAAGCUGUUAGAAAGACGCUGACUCGUGUUGCACCGAAUGUGAUCAUUUGUGACGAGUGCCAUUAUCUUAAAAAUGGGAAGGCACAGCGAACUAAGGCACUCCUUCCAAUCAUUAAAGCAUCACGAAGGGCCAUCUUAUUGAGUGGCACGCCUGCGCUGAGCCGGCCAAUGGAAGUGUUUUGGCAGCUCCAUGCGCUUGAUGACAAGCAGUGGACGGACCCGGCCGACUUCAACAAACGGUACUGCAGCGGCCGCAGGAAAAAAGACGAUCCAAAAGACACCAACGAAGAUGGUGAGAAGAAGAAAGAGUAUUCAGCAGCUUCCAAUCUAGAAGAGCUUCACACUCUACUCCGUGCGACUCUCAUGCUACGCCGCAACAAAGCCUCAAUCCUGACACAACUCCCACCAAAACGGCGGGUACAGCGCAAAGUGUCGAUUGAUGAUGUCUCUUUGGCACUCGAAUUGCGGUCCGACUUAGAGGAGUUUCGUGCGAGAGCAUCUGAGCUCGCUGAGCUAUCCAAUAACCAAAAAAGGGCAAGGCGCAAGCGCAGUAAAAGGAGCUGGCUUGGAGUUAAAGAAGACACGCAUGUGACACUGUCAACUACGCUAUCGGGAUAUGCUACCAUUGAGCGGGAGGAUCUCCAAUCUCCUGAAAUGGUUCGCAAAGAGAUGGCUGCGAAAAAGAAAGCCCUUCUUAUGGAACUCUUUCGGCGGUCAGGUCCCGCCAAGCUACCGGCAAUUGAACGUCGUAUUUCUGAUCUGCUCCACGGUGUGGACGAGGAAAGGUUUUCAGGAAAGAUGCUUGUCUUUGCGCACCAUCGCAAGGUUCUCGACACUCUUGCUAAUGGUAUCCUCCGCGAUAUCAAGUACAUUCGUAUUGAUGGCACUACACCAGCCAAGGACCGCCAAUCACGAGUCACCACAUUCCAAAAUGAUGCCAAGGUUCGCGUUGCCCUCCUUGGCAUCACCGCCGCUGGUAUUGCGCUCACACUGACUGCUGCUUCGCGUGUCAUAUUUACUGAGCUCUAUUGGACGCCAGCAGCUUUGCUUCAAGCUGAAGAUCGUGCACAUCGCAUUGGCCAAACAUCGGAGGUGGUUGUUGAGUACCUCCUGGCUGACGAUUGUGUCGAUGAGAUUCUCUGGCCCUUGAUUCAACACAAGAUGCUCAUGCUG